AUGACUUAUACAAAUAACGACAAUAUCGACAUGUCCGACGACUCAUCCGAUGAUGGAUUGUAUUCAUCUGGUCCCUCCUACCGAAUGACCAGAUACACUCGUCCCCUGAUCGACUACGUCCGCAACGAAUGGCAAAUAGGCACCGCCAAAUACUCUCACCUUCCCACGUCCACGUCCACGUCCGAACGCCCCGAAACCCCUCGAUGGAUACAGAUGAUCGUGUCGAUAGUGACGGCUCCGAGGUUCCGUCGAUAUGUGGUUGUGUACAUGACGCUGCUCCUGUCGUGUUUCGUGGGAUGGAAGUUUAUACUGUCACCUCGGCUGCAAGAACAUGCCGCGCUGCUACGCUCGCUGGAUCCCCACGUCAAGGACGAAGUCGGCGGUUGGUUUGGUUCGAACGCGUUGCCGACCUUCGAUAAUGUGGUUCAACUGAGAGAUUUGGAUCCGUCCUACUUGCCUGUGGAGAAAACUCCAGACCUGGGUCAGCCCAGUCAACGCCGAUUGAUCAUGAUCGGGGAUGUUCAUGGAUGCAAGGAAGAGUUGGAAACACUGCUGGAACAAGUAGAUUUCAACGAAGACACCGACCACCUCGUCUUCACCGGCAAUCUAAUCGACAAAGGCCCCGACAGCCUGGGUGUCGUGGACCUUCUCCGAAAAUACUCCGCUUCAUGUGUUCGCGGCGACCGGGAGGAUCGUAUCCUGAUCCUGCGCCAUGACCUAGUCGCAGCCAGUAUACUAGAGGAUCUGUCGCAGGACAAUGCGAGUGACUUCGGACAAGACCCCAAGGGCCGUGAACUGGCGCGACAGCUGAGCGACGAGCAGGCCAAGUGGCUCGAUACCUGUCCCGUGGUUCUGAAUAUGGGCCAGAUCAAGAACUUGGGACAGGUAGUCGUCGUCCACGGUGGAUUAGUCCCGGGCGUGGAUCUCGAGAAACAGGACCCCUUCAGCGCUAUGAACAUGGUGACUAUCGAUUUGGAGCGUCAUGUUCCCAGUACUUCGAGGGCGGGUACACAUUGGACAAAACUAUUCAACAAACAUCAGUCCCUUCUGUACUCCAGCUUUAAAAACACCGUCGAAGACCCAAAGUCAAUGACAACGACCGUGAUUUACGGACACGAUUCCUACAACUCCCUCUCCCUCAAGACCUACACCAAGGGCCUCGACACCGGCUGCGUUGAAGGCGGAAAACUAACAGCCCUGGUCAUUGCCGACGGCGGCGAGCAGAAGGUCGUUCAGGUGCGAUGUAAUGAUUAUAGCAAGAACUGGACAUAG